AUGGACCUACUCAAGUCGAUCCAGCACUACAUCAACAGACUCAUCACCCAGCCACCAGGAAUCAAGGUACUCCUACUCGACCCAGACACCACGGCCAUCAUCUCACUAGCCUCAACCCAGUCAAACCUACUCGAACACGAGAUCUACCUCACUGACUCCAUCUCAAACACCAACCGGGACCCCAUGCACCAUCUCAAGUGUAUAUGCUUCCUAAGACCGACCGCAGAGAGCUUGAAGGCAAUGGAAGACGAACUCAGGAACCCGCGCUACAAGGAGUACUGGCUCUAUUUCAGUAACAUCCUCAAAAAAUCAGAGAUCGAAAUGCUGGCCGAGGCCGACGAACGUGAGCUCGUCCGGGAGGUCCAGGAAUACUUCGCCGAUUACGCACCGAUCACCUCCUCCCACUUCUCACUCAACUUGCAACCCUACAACCCCCAACCGCAUUCCCACCAACCAACCACCAUCUCACUAUCCUCGCUAGUCGCCCAGCCCGCCACCCCAGCCACCAAAAAACCUUCCCAGCGCUCACUGCCCCUCUUUGGAGACUCCACCUCCACCUGGAAUAUCUCUACCGGCGCCCUCGAACGUCACGUCCAAUGUCUCAGUGCCUUGUGCCUCAGCUUGAAGAAAAAACCGCUGAUCCGGUAUGCCAAGAUGAGCAAGAUGGCCAAAAAACUGGGCCAAGAACUGCUUUAUCAGAUCCAGAGUGAACAACAGCUGUUUGAUUUCAGGCUCACUCAUCCCUCGCCGGUCCUACUCAUACUUGAUCGUAAACACGACCCCGUCAGUCCGCUCUUGACGCAAUGGACCUACCAAGCCAUGGUGCAUGAGAUCCUAGGGAUCGACAAUGGGCGAGUCGAUCUCUCCGGCGCCCCAGAGAUCCGACCCGAGCUGAAGGAGAUCGUCCUGAGCACCGAGCAAGACCCGUUCUUUGCCAAGAACUUGUACGCCAACUUCGGCGACCUAGGCGCGUCUGUGAAGGCGUACGUCUCCGAAUACCAGACCAAGACGGUCUCCUCGAAGCUGGUCGCAGGCAAGAUCGAUACCGUCCAGGAUAUGAAGCGCUUCCUCGAGGAGUAUCCCGAACAUCGCAAGCUUAGCGGUAACGUCAGCAAACAUGUCUCGUUGGUCGGCGAGCUGAGUCGCUUGGUCGGCGAGCUGAAGUUGCUCGAGGUCAGCGAACUGGAGCAGAGUCUGGCGGCCAACGAGAGCCAUGGCUCAGACCUCAAAAAUGUCCGCGAAAUGAUCGCGUCACCCCAGAUCAACUCGGAUGCUAAACUUCGGCUCGCAUUGCUGUAUGCACUGCGCUACCAAAAAUUCAACGGGAACAGCAUAGUAGGGAUCGUGGAGUUGCUGAAGCAAUACGGCGUCCCGGAGCAGGAUGCGCGACUGGUGUAUGUGAUGCUGAACUUUGCGGGGCAGGAGGAGCGACAAGACGAUCUGUUUUCGAAUGCGAAUUUCUUCAGUCGAGGCAAGUCGGCCUUGAAAGGAUUGAAAGGGGUGGAAAACGUGUACACGCAGCACACGCCGCCGUUAGUGGAGACGGUGGAACAGCUGCUGAAGGGCCGGCUCAAGGAGACCGGGUACCCUCUCCUGGACUCCCCAGUGGACUCGAGGAAUUCGGUGCCCCAGGCUGCCCAGACCGCGCCGAUUAGGCCCAUCGAGCUCAUCGUCUUCGUGGUCGGUGGGACUACGUACGAGGAGGCCCGCUCCAUCGCCCUUCUUAACGAACGACUCGCCUCCGGCGUCGGCUUCUCGGGCCCCGGACCCCAGCCACAAAUCGGCGCACGGGUGGUCUUGGGCGGGACGUGUGUGCACAACUCGCGAACGUUCCUGGACUGGCUGCGCGAGCUGGGCGCCAAGUUCCCCGGCUCCACGGAGGCGAAGCCCGGGCUGAUCACGGCCAGUGGCGGGCCGACGGGCCCGCCGGGGGAGACGAGCUUUGGCGAGGGCGGCGGCGGGUUCAACCUCCAGCUCGGCGCGCUAUCCGUCGCCGCCGGGCUCGAGGAGUUCGGAGACGCGGCCGUCGACGGCGUCCGCAACUUGUUUGGCAGGGUCCGCAAGGGCGUCGUCGGCGGGUUCUGA